UUUGCGGGAGGGACCCGCCGCUGGCUGCUUUGGAGUGUGUUCCUGGGAAAGGGCCUGGUGGGUUUCUUCCCUUCAGAUAUUCAUCAUUUCGGAGGAUUUCAGCACAGAGAUUAUUGGACUUUGCCAUAUCUGACCAGGAUGAAUUCAUCAUUGGUUGCUUAUGAUGAUUCAGAUUCUGACACAGAGACUGGAAAGGCUGAAAAUCUCAAUCUUUCUAGCAGAGAACCACUUGCAAGUUCUGCUAUAAAUCCUAUUCAGUAUUUUGCACCCGGUGGAUUAGGCACAAAAUCUACAUACAAAAUGCAGACUGUUGAGAAUACUGCCAGUACUGGCACAAGCAUUAUUUGUGAAGGUGCUCCUGCAUAUAAGGUACAGGCUAAUAACCGGGAUUUGGCAGCUGUUUAUCCCUGGAAAGAAUAUUCUAACCAGGCUGAAACACUUUCUGGAAAUGGAAGUUUCUCUCAGAAGAGAGUACAUCAGGACAAGAUUGUUACCAUAAAGGGAAUUAGACCAUAUAUCCCUAAAAGACUUCGACAAGAAAAAACUUCUAAAGUGUAUGAAAAAAAAGAAUCCGAAGAACAGAGAGAGAGUUGUGCAACACCAGGAGAGCAAAUUUCCACAGAGGUUUCUGAAUUUAUUAAGCCAUAUUUAGGGUCUAAGAACAAAUCAACUGAAAUCCCAAGGAACUUGGUGUUUCAGAUGUCCAAACACAGUGGUCCAGUUAAUAAAGUCCAGUGGUGUCCUGUACAAGGAUGGAGCCAUAUGCUUCUUUCCACUUCCAUGGAUAAAACUUUCAAGAUAUGGAAUGCUGUAGAUACAGGCUGUUGUUUAAAAACGUACUCCUGUCACAGUUGUGCUGUUCGAACUGCUCAGUGGUCUUUGUGUGGAAGAAGAAUUCUCAGUGGAGGCUUUGAUUCUAUGCUUCAUUUAACAGACGUUGAAACAGGGACACAGGUAUUUAGCAGCAAAAAUGAAUUUAGGAUCAGCACACUGAAGUUUCACCUUUCUGAGCCUAAUAUUUUUAUUUGUGGAGGAUUCAGCCCAGAAGUUAAAGCCUGGGAUAUAAGGAAUUGUAAGGUGAUAAAAGUCUACAAAGCAGCAGUACAACAGACCUUGGAUGUCCUCUUCCUUCCUGAAGGAAAAGAAUUUCUUACAAGCACGGAUGCAGUAAGCCGGGACUCAGCUGACCGUACGAUCAUUGCAUGGGAUUUCCACAGUGCUGCAAAAAUUUCCAAUCAGAUUUUUCAUGAGCGUUAUACCUGUCCGAGUCUGACUCUGCACCCUAGAGAACCUGCAUUUGUUGCUCAAACAAAUGGAAACUACAUGGCAUUGUUUUCUACCCAACGACCAUACAGAAUCAACAAAAAGAAAAGAUAUGAAGGGCAUAAGGUGGAAGGAUUUGCAGUGGGCUGUGAAUUUUCUCCAGAUGGAACACUUCUAGUGACAGGAAGUUCAGAGGGCAAAAUAUUUUUCUAUAACUAUCACACUGCUAGAAUCAUUCACACUUUGUCUGCACAUAACCAGGCUUGUGUGAGUGCAACUUUUCAUCCAGUCCUUCCAUCACUUCUUGCAACGUGUGACUGGGCUGGAGAUAUCAAGAUCUGGCAAUAAGAAGACAGGGUUCCCUUUCAGAGUGAAUCCAGCUAGUCCACAUUGAAGACACGGGUGCUGGUGUUUCAUCAUAAAUAAACCAGUGUAUGUAAUUUGAAUUUUUCUUAUGAAUAUGAGGGAGUCUGUUGUCAUUUUGUAUAUUCCAUCCAAGCCUUCUAAGAGUAGGAUUUUCAAAAGUCUAAGUCUGGAAGUCAAUGAGAGUUAGGCUAACACUGAGCGUUUUUAAAAAUAUCAUCUAAGCUUUAAGCUUAAAUUUGUUUUUUAUCAUUUGAUGCCUAAUGGGGGUAAAAAGGAGGCAUAGUGGUAAAUAUUAAAUUAUACCAAAAAUUAAAAAAAAGAAUAUUUCCACAUGACUGCAGGUCUCUGCAUGUCCAACUCCUUGCUGCUCUGAGUCCACUUAACACUGGGGUCAGUGUUCAAGUUAAUAUAAUAAUAUUUUACAUUUAUAACAUCAUUUUUCAAUCCAAAAGAUCUCUACUUCCAUGCAGUUCAGGAUCACCAUGUGGAAGAAAUCUUCUUCUGAAGUGCAAAGGAAAAGGAUCUCCUUUUCUACCGACCUCUGUUAAAUACAUAUCACCAGUUAUAUGGUGGUUCUUCUUCUUCUUCUUCAGCUGGUGUAAAUUGUCAUAGUACCAUUGAAGCCAAUAGAGCUAUUACAAUUUAGACCAGCUAAAGAUCUCCGCCAAAUAUUUUUACAUAGUCAUGUGUGUGUAUAAGAGAGAGAAAGAAAAUUAAUCUUGUGCC